CCCGCCGGUGAUCGCUCUCCGGCUGUCCCCAGCACCGUCAGCCCCUCACGGCCGUUGGUUCGGGCGGGGGAGGGAGAAAGUGAGACUCGGUGUCAUCACCAUCCAUUGUCAGGAGGAGAGGAAAUUGGAAUCCAGCAGCGGCGAGCAGCAGCUGGGCGGUCACAUCUGGGAAUGCAAAGCCGACCUCCCCCCCCUCCACCUCCUCCACCUCCUCCUCUCUCACCCGGGAUCACUUCCGAAACCACUUCAGCUUCAGCCCCUGCCUUGGCCAGAGGUUUCAUUUUUAACAAUAUUUACGAAAGCUGGAAGCGUGCGAGGGGGUGGGGUGGGGUAGAAAUAGCGGCUGCUUCUUUUCCAGGGAUUUAUUUCAUGGGGAUGUGUUCAAGGCAAGAGCGAAUUCAGAAGGAUAUCGACGUCGUGAUCCAGAAGUCCAGAGCCGAGAAGGACUGCUUGUUUGCAGAUUUCAGAUUCGCAGACUCCACGUUUACUUUCACCUACGUUGGCGGCCCCAAAAGUGUAUCCUACUCGGUACAUGUAUCUGAAGAUUACCCAGAUAACACGUAUGUGUCAAGUUCAGAAAAUGAUGAAGAUGUAUUAGUUACUACAGAGCCAAUUCCAGUAAUUUUUCAUCGAAUAGCAACAGAAUUAAGAAAAACAAAUGACAUUAACUGUUGCUUAUCCAUAAAGUCAAAAUUACAGAAGGAAAAUGGGGAGGAGUCAAGACAGAAUAGUACAGUGGAAGAAGAUUCUGAAGGUGAUAAUGACUCUGAAGAAUUUUAUUAUGGAGGACAGGUGAACUAUGAUGGAGAACUGCACAAGCACCCACAGCUAGAAGCUGAUUUGUCCGCAGUGAGAGAGCUAUACGGGCCACAUGCAGUUUCUCUCAGGGAAUACGGAGCCAUUGAUGAUGUAGACAUUGAUCUGCAUAUUGAUGUUAGCUUUCUUGAUGAGGAGAUUGCUCUGGCUUGGGAAGUAAUUAGAACAGAACCUAUAAUUGUCCGACUACACUGUUCACUUACCCAGUAUUUAAAUGGCCCAGUGCCCACUGUAGAUGUCUUUCAGAUCUCCACAAAAGAGCGAUUUGGAUUGGGACAUCAGCUGAAAAAAAUCAUGCAGACAUUUGUUACACAGCAGUGGAAACAGAGCAAAGAAAAAUCCAAUUGCCUGCACAAUAAGAAGCUGUCAGAGAAGAAAGUGAAGUCUCCCCUGCAUUUAUUUUCUACCUUGCGCAGGUCGCCAAGUUAUCCUCCCCCUGGUUGUGGUAAAGGCAAAUGCAAACUGAAAUCUGAGCAAGAUGGAAUCUCCAAAACGCACAAGCUGUUGCGGAGGACUUGUUCCAGCACCGUCAAGACCGAUGACGUGUGCGCCACAAAGUCACACAGGACCUUUGGGCGCUCCCUGUCCAGCGAUCCCAGGGCUGAGCAGGCGAUGACGACAAUUAAAUCGCACAAACUCUUGAACCGCCCCUGCCCUGCAACCGUUAAGCAAGAGGACUGCCUCACUCUAAAGUCGCAUAAACUAUUGACUAGAUCUUGUUCUGGUGAUCCGCGAUGUGAGCACAACACCAGCCUGAAGCCCCACAAACUGUUAAGCAGGUCUUACUCCAGUAAUCUCAGAAUGGAAGAAUUAUACGGACUGAAGAAUCACAAGUUGCUCAGCAAGUCUUACUCCAGUGCUCCCAAGUCAUCCAAAACAGAGCUUUUCAAGGAACCUAACUCAGAGGGCAGGAGGCUCUCUCUUACCUCAGGGCUUAUUGGUAUCUUAACACCAUCUUCAUCUUCAUCUUCAUCUUCCCAGCCUGCUCCAAAUGGUGCAAAAUGCAUUCCAGUACGAGACCACGGCUUCCUAGUGCAGACAAUUGAGUUUGCUGAACAGCGUAUCCCUGUAUUGAAUGAAUACUGUGUGGUUUGUGAUGAGCCACACGUGUUUCAAAAUGGACCCAUGCUUAGGCCUACCGUAUGUGAACGAGAGCUGUGUGUAUUUGCUUUCCAAACUUUGGGAGUAAUGAAUGAAGCUGCUGAUGAAAUAGCAACUGGGGCUCAGGUGGUAGAUCUUCUAGUAUCUAUGUGUAGAUCUGCGUUGGAAUCUCCUAGGAAAGUUGUCAUUUUCGAGCCAUAUCCUUCUGUAGUAGAUCCUAAUGAUCCUCAGAUGCUGGCCUUCAACCCCAGGAAGAAGAACUAUGACCGAGUAAUGAAAGCACUAGAUAGCAUAACUUCUAUUAGAGAAAUGACACAAGCACCAUAUCUGGAAAUCAAGAAGCAGAUGGAUAAACAGGAUCCCCUUGCUCAUCCCCUACUGCAAUGGGUUAUUUCGAGUAAUAGGUCACAUAUUGUGAAGCUGCCAGUUAACAGGCAAUUGAAGUUUAUGCAUACUCCGCAUCAAUUUCUUCUUCUCAGCAGCCCACCAGCCAAAGAAUCCAAUUUUAGAGCUGCUAAAAAACUCUUUGGAAGCACCUUUGCAUUUCAUGGCUCACACAUUGAAAACUGGCACUCCAUCCUGAGGAAUGGUUUGGUUGUUGCUUCUAAUACAAGACUGCAGCUCCACGGUGCAAUGUAUGGAAGUGGAAUCUAUCUUAGUCCAAUGUCAAGCAUAUCAUUUGGUUACUCAGGGAUGAACAAGAAACAGAAAGUGUCAGCCAAGGAUGAGCCGGCUUCGAGCAGUAAAAGCAGCAGUGCAUCACAGUCACAGAAAAAAGGCCAACAAUCCCAAUUCCUGCAAAGCCGCAACUUAAAAUGCAUAGCUUUAUGUGAAGUGAUCACCUCACCUGAUCUGCACAAACAUGGAGAGAUAUGGGUUGUUCCAAAUACUGAUCAUGUCUGCACACGAUUCUUUUUUGUCUAUGAAGAUGGCCAAGUGGGAGAUGCAAAUAUUAACACACAAGAAGGAGGCAUUCAUAAAGAGAUCCUUCGAGUAAUUGGUAAUCAAACUGCUACUGGUUAAAGGACCACCAUUUAAUUAACAUGAUUUGAAAGCCUUCCUCGGUUUCAAAGCUGGAUUUUGAACUGAAGAAGAUGAUAAAAUAAUUUAUUAUUAUAAACAGAAUUAACCCUUUGAAUACUGAUUUUUUUCUUAGUAUUUCUAAGUAUCUCAUUAUAUACCUAAAAUGGUAUAAAAUUUGUCAAUUGUAGGGUUAUGGUAUCUAGUAAUAAAAUUAAAACAGCACUUAAACUGAAGUUUGGGUUGCUCACAAUAAACAGAUUUAAAAAACAGUUUUGUGCUGAUAUUUUUAUAUUAAACUCUUUAAUUGGACAUUUGGUAUUAUAUACCAACAUUUUAGGUUACCAAAAUAGAAUUGAGAACAUUUUAUAAUGGCAUCUAAAUCUAUAAGAUACUUUGCAAUAAGUAUAAUGUUUGCAUAUUCUGAUGUGCUAUAUUAUUAGUGGCAUGAACAUUCGUAUGUUUUGGGAGGGUUGUUCCCUAUUCUACUAUUAUUUUUCCUUAUAUAAAAACAGCUAGGUCUUAGAAACAGUGCUUUGCCCAAAAGUAUGUAAUAUACAUACCUAUAGAUUCAUGCAUCAGAAUGUGUGUUUGUGUGUAUAUGUGUGUGCAUACACACACAUAUAUAUUUUGACAACAGAGAUGGUGCAGAUAGUCCACAAUAACUAUCCUCAUUUGUUGAAAAGAAGAUAUUAUUCAGUAAGCAGUAAAUAUGGACAUCAAGAUAUGAGCCAAAUUUACCACUGUUCAUUCACUGAGAAUAUUUGCAAAUAGUUUUUCUAUUUGUUUUAAGAAAUGUCCCAUCAAUUAAAAUUCAGCUCUUAAAAGGUUAUCUAAAAAUCAUACUUUGGGGAACAUGAAUGCUCCUGGUAAACUAAAUCUGUGCUCAAAUGAUCGUAUGUUUAAAACAAACACCUCAGAAUUUAAACAAACAGUAUAUAUUUUUUAAUUUCUUACAAUGGAACAUAUUUUUUAUUUAUACCACACCAGCAUUUUUAUAGUUUAAUUUUAUUUUCAUGUUGAGAAAGAAGACAAACUUUGAAGCUUCUUUUAUAUUAAAAGAACACAAGUGAGUUUAUAGAGAACAAUAACACCAGCUGUCAACAUUCAGCCUUCAAGAGUCAUGUGCUCAUCAGAAUCUUUUCUGUUUCUUUGGGUCCGAGAGUUCUUAUUCACUUUAAGUUGUAAUUGACAGUGUUUAUAUUCCUGCAUAAUGUCUUCAGAAUAAGGCCAUUCAUGAAAGCAGUUUAAUUCCUGAGUCUACCACUUUAUUCAAACCCUGAAUCAAGGCUCAUAUCUGAUUGUAAUUUACUUAGAAAGAAAAAAAUAAUAAAAAUGUAUAGUCAUUUGCAAGUAUAAUGUGAUAACUUCUGUGUUUAUUUCUUUUGUCUGGCAUAAAAGGUAAAAGAAAAGGUCAUACACAUUGUUAAGGGCUGCAAUUUAGGAAGUAUUUACUAAUCUUUUAUUUUUCUUAUAUUGUAAAUAAUUGAUAGAUAUACCACUUAUUUCUGAAAAUAAUAGGCUCGAAAUGGUUGCAAUAUUGACCAUUUUGAUAGUAGUCCACUUAAAACAUGGAUCUAUUUUGACUUGUGCCUGUGAACCCAAGACAGACUGAGGGUUAAUACCAGCAUCAUAAAGACAAGAUACAGUAUCCUAUUUUGUGGUCUUUGACUGAAUAUUUGGAGACAUUAUAUGGGACAAGAGGACUCCUUACUUUCUUCCAAGACUCCCUACAUCCCUCAAAUCACUUUGACUGUGUUUUAAAAACAUUUUUAAGCAAUUGAAUUAUUUUUUCAAAUUAAUUUUGUGGGAUAUCUUACAUACGACGUAAGUAUGAAGAUGCAAUAGCAGGAUUUUGAAGUGGGGAACCCCGUCUGUUUGUCUACCAAGCCCAUUGAGGCACCUUAUUAACUCUUUAAAGUGCCUCCAAGCAUAAUUAGAAAACCACUGACCUGAUCUGUUAAGGCUUUACUUAACAGUUUAGUAAUCUGUAAGGAGUAUAGUAUUAGAAUCUGAACUACAAGGGUAACUUGUAGGAUUCAAGAGGAACUGUUUAGGAGAGUAAAAACUACCAUAAUAUAAACCUGUAUUGCCAACUUAAGAAUAAAAGUAGAUUCUCCUAUCAUAGGAAGGAAAGCAGUUGAUAGUUUAAUGCUUAUUAAAUAUUAUGGAGCAAUGGACAUCUUUUAUGAUACUAAAGUAAGAUAUCUUCUAAUGAUAGUUAAUUGAGUGGUAUUAGAAUGCAGAAUGCAGAUCUUAAGUUUAUUUCCCAAUAUUAAGUGUCAGAAGGAGAGCUGGUCUUUUGAGCUUCUUGAAAUUGAGAAUACUGUAGUAUACUGAUGUAAAUGCAUAUAUUUCUAAAGAAUCUAAUUUCAAUUCAGACCAUUAGUAAAUUAAUAUCAUGCUUCCCAAAUGCAAGCAGGUACUUAAAAUUUAGAAGUUUAAAUGCUGUUAUCAUGCCUUGAUUCAGUUACCCCAAUAAAAUAUUAUCUAUGGGCUUAUUCAAUGAUUCCAAACACUUGAUAUUGUAUUGUGUUUUUAUAAUCAUUUGAAAUCUGUUCAUUGAUGCUUUGCAAUAGUUAUAUUAAUUGUGUAGCCAUUGUUACUAAAUAUUAACCUGAGCAAAGGCAAUAAUUUAUUUUCAUUCUUUAGUAAGGGAAGAAAAUUCUUCCUCUACUAAACUGAUUCAGCUUUUUCCUACAUUACCGAUUUUGUAAGCAUUUUACUAAGAAUAAUUUGUCCUCUUUCACGUCCACUGUAUAAAAAAGAGAAGAAAAUGAUUGAACAUUCGAGAAGAGAAAAAAGUAACAAUGUCCGUAUAAACUAAUGCUGUAGAAUGCAUUCUGGUAAGGCACUCGAGGUGCCUUAGAGUGCACUAUUUGGAGUGACUUUUGUUUUUGUUGUUCACCAAAUCUCAGUCAAAUGUUGGAUUUGAAGGGGACUGUUAAAUUUAAAAUUCGGACAGUGUGCCACAUCCUUAAGUUUACUUUCAAAUACUGUGUAGUAUAGGACACAGAUCCAAACUAUUUUUAAUGCUAUAGGUGUUUCUUAUUGAAAAAUUUAAAAGAGUUUAGAGAAGAAAUUCCUGGAUUUUUCUCCGCUUUGCUAAAAGAGAGAAAAACUUGCAUAUGCAAAUCUAUAAAUCUUUAAUUAAUACCACUGAAAGCAUUUUAGCAGUACUUUACACAAUAUAACUUGCCUUUAGGCAUGGAGUUUCAGAAAGUGUUAAGAGAAAACUCAUCAUCCUUGUUAGAGUCUGAGUGGCUUCAUCAGAUGGUAAUUCAGCAUGUCGUAAAGGGUCACUGAAUAAAUAUGGAUUUCAUGAUGGCAUUUGAAGCACAUUUUAAGAACAUUAUGCUGUUAUUCUACUGUUCUGCUGAAUUCUUCAUUAUAACGCUACCUCAAGACAACUGAUAAAGACUGUUUCUUAAGUAGGUUUCCAGUGUAAGGAACAAAUAACAUUUUACAGAUAGAAGGUGCCAAAUAAUUUAGCAGCCCAUGCUGGACACAGGUAUUGUUGGUUAUCUCUUGACAACGCAUGACACGGAUAUUUUAGCCUCUUCUGGCGAAUGACAUACCAUAGUUAACACCUGAUGAGUUGUUUGAAAGAGUUUUAAGUUGCAAAAUUUGAAAUAAGUUAGUUCUUUUUAAUAUUGGUUUUCUACAUGGAUCAAUUUUAUGUCCAUUCACCUAAAGCUUCAAACAGUUG